CCCGACCUAAACAAGGGUGUGGAACCGGAGAGGCGGUCCCACCUCGGGGCAUGACGUCACACCCUGCGCCGCCGCGCAAGGAAGGCCCGGGAGCGACGCCUGCCGGAAGCGGGGGGGGGGGGGGCUGGCCUGGUUUCCUGGCGACGCGGCGCUGCAGGCGGUUACCCUCUUUCUCUUCCCGACGCGUGAGUUAGGCCGUCAUGCCUUGGCUGCUCUCAGCCCCCAAGCUGGUUCCCGCUGUAGCAAACAUCCGCAGUUUCUCAGGAUGUAUGUUGUGUUCACAGCGAAGGUACUCCCUUCAUCCUGUCCCAGAAAGGAGGAUUCCAAACCGAUACUUAGGCCAGCCCAGCCCCUUUACACACCCACACCUCCUCAGACCAGGGGAGGUAACUCCAGGACUAUCUCAGGUGGAAUAUGCACUUCGCAGACACAAACUAAUGUCUCUGAUCCAGAAGGAAGCUCAAGGGCACAGUGGGACAGACCAGACGGUGGUUGUGCUCUCCAACCCUACAUACUACAUGAGCAACGAUAUUCCCUAUAUUUUCCACCAGGACAACAAUUUCCUGUACCUGUGUGGAUUCCAAGAGCCUGAUAGCAUUCUUGUCCUUCAAAGCCUCCCUGGCAAACAAUUACCAUCACACAAAGCCAUUCUUUUUGUGCCUCGGCGAGAUCCCAGUCGAGAACUUUGGGAUGGUCCACGAUCUGGCACUGAUGGAGCAAUAGCUCUAACUGGAGUGGACGAAGCCUAUACGCUAGAAGAAUUUCAACAUCUUCUACCAAAAAUGAAAGCUGAGACAAACAUGGUUUGGUAUGACUGGAUGAGGCCCUCGCAUGCACAGCUUCACUCUGACUAUAUGCAGCCCUUGACUGAGGCCAAAGCCAAGAGCAAGAACAAGGUUCGGGGUGUUCAGCAGCUGAUACAGCGCCUCCGGCUGAUCAAAUCUCCUGCAGAAAUUGAACGAAUGCAGAUUGCUGGGAAGCUGACAUCACAGGCUUUCAUAGAAACCAUGUUUGCCAGUAAAGCCCCUGUGGAAGAAGGCUUCUUAUGCUAAGUCAUACCUUGCUGUUGUUUUUCACAGUUUGAAUUUGAAUGCCGGGCUCGUGGUGCAGACAUCUUAGCCUAUCCACCUGUGGUGGCUGGUGGUAAUCGGUCAAACACUUUGCACUAUGUGAAGAAUAAUCAACUCAUCAAGGAUGGGGAAAUGGUGCUUCUGGAUGGAGGUUGUGAGUCUUCCUGCUAUGUGAGUGACAUCACACGUACCUGGCCAGUCAAUGGCAGGUUCACUGCACCUCAGGCAGAACUCUAUGAAGCUGUUCUAGAGAUCCAGAGAGAUUGUUUGGCCCUCUGCUUCCCUGGGACAAGCUUGGAGAACAUCUACAGCAUGAUGUUGACCCUGAUAGGACAGAAGCUUAAAGACUUGGGAAUCAUGAAGAACAUUAAGGAAAAUAAUGUCUUCAAGGCUGCUCGAAAAUACUGCCCUCAUCAUGUUGGCCACUACCUCGGGAUGGAUGUCCAUGACACUCCAGACAUGCCCCGUUCUCUCCCUCUGCAGCCUGGGAUGGUAAUCACAAUUGAGCCAGGCAUUUAUAUUCCAGAGGAUGACAGAGAUGCCCCAGAGAAGUUUCGGGGUCUUGGUGUACGAAUUGAGGAUGAUGUAGUGGUGACUCAGGACUCACCUCUCAUCCUUUCUGCAGAUUGUCCCAAAGAGAUGAAUGACAUUGAACAGAUAUGCAGCCGGGCUUCUUGACCUUCACUGUGGCCCACUUGCACCUCAGGUUCAAGAUGGGUGUAUGCUGGCAGCCCUGCACGUGUGCUUUCUGAGUGUCUCUGUGUAUGCAGUAAUAUAUGUGUUCCAUUUGGGAGCAUAGCAGCUGUGUGAAUGUAUGUAAUCGUGUGUGUGGGGUUUUUUUGUUUUAAGCAGUUGGAAGUCUGGAAAAAUGAAUUUUUGAAUAGUA